AUGAGUACUAGGAUAUUAUUCCUUGGAAGUAAAAUCAACCAAAUAUUAUGUGCUGUUACGAUUUGCUUGCCCGUGUUCAGUUAUGGAAACAGCUUGGGGUGGAUGUCCCCUAUGGCUCUGUUAUUGCAAUCAGAGGAUUCACCAAGAGGAGAACCACUCCCUGAUAUAGAGAUAUCCUGGAUGGCGUCUGUACCAUACUUAGCGUCGGUACCUCUAUACUAUUUGUUGGCAUUCACUAGCGAUCGAUACGGAAGGAAAAGCACACUGCUGGUCUCUGCUAUUGUAGGAUCUGGUAUCUGGAUACUCAAGCUGUGCUCCACAAGCUUCUGGGCGUUCAUCAUCGCUCGUUGCUUGAUUGGUGUGGUGAUGGCGGUAUCCUUCGUCACGUGUCCCGUGUACAUCAAGGAGAUCAGCGAGAACAAUAUCAGAGGAGUGUUGGGAUGCUUUCCCGCUGUUUUCUACACUGGUGGAAGUUUGUUUAACUACAUAAUAGGAGAUAUGCUGAGUUAUCGUACAAUACUUUUGGUGUGUGUUAGCAUAUCCCUGGUCGGAUUCCUGCUUUGUUUGUCCUUGCCAGAAUCUCCGUCAUAUCUUGUGAAGACUGGAAAAAUUGAGGAAGCUCAAAAAGUACUCCUUUGGCUGAGAAGACAAUCAACAGUAGAUGAUGGAAUUCAACAAGAGAUCGAAGUGAUCAAGGCGGAACAGAAAAAUGAUGAAAUGUCUAAUAAUGAGUCGUUAAUAAAGACAAUUUUAACCGACCGAAUCCUCUUCAAAGCAUUUCAAAUAGCCAUGAUGGCAGCUUUAGCCCGAGAGGUCUGUGGUGCUGUACCAGUCAACAAUUUUGCUGGAAAUAUUUUCCAAGAAGCUGCUUCAGGAACUAAACUGGUAUUGAAUCCAAACCAGCAAGCCAUGAUGCUGGGUUCUGUGCAAUGUUUGGGAUCAAUUCUUGCGUCGAGCCUUGUGGAGAAAUGUGGGCGAAGACCUCUCCUCUUCAUAACAUGCAUCAUAUCAGGUCUAAGCAUGUGCCUGCUGGCGUCUUGGUUCGUACUGAAAGACUUCGACAUCCACGCUCCAUCCUGGAUCCCCGUGACUACUUUGUGUGUUUGCAUCUUCUGCGAUUCAGCUGGAUUGCUACCUCUUGGCACCGUCAUUACGGGGGAAAUAUUCUCCUUUAAGUAUCGGGGCACAGUGCUAGCGACUUCCAUGGCCUUCGCAUCACUGAUAGACUUCUUCCAAGUUCUUUUCUUCAAACUGCUGGCGGGUGCCAUCGGCGUGAAGUUUCCGUUCUAUAUAUUUGGAGCUAUGUGCUUACUCACAGCGCUGUAUGUGAUUCUGAGUGUACCAGAGACUAAAACUAGACCUCUGGAUGAAAUUUAUAAUGAUUUACGGAGCAAAAAGGAGAAGAGAGAACCAGAAUUGCAGAAUGAGUACAUAUCUAGAUUCUAAAGGACUGAUGGAGUUGUGAUAUU